GUCAUUCACCCCACCCCAGCAGCAUAAUGGCGACCACCCACGACCCCAAGCGCGUGAUCUACCUGGAGGACGACGCCACGUACGACAAGGCGCAGUUCCUCGUGCCGCACCACUACCUGGACUCGAUCGACUCGGUGCUCAUCCCCAAGGGCCUGAUCGAGGACCGCGUGGAGAAGCUGGCGCAGGAUAUCCGCUACGCGUACGAGGGCAAGACGGUGCACCUGCUGUGCGUGCUCAAGGGCGGCAGCGCCUUCUUCCACGCGCUCGUGGACAAGCUGCGGCUCUUCCACAAGUACAACAAGUGCGACUACGUGCCCUUCACGUUCGACUUCAUCCGCGUCAAGAGCUACGAGGGCACCAAGAGCACGGGCAACGUGCAGGUCUCGGGCGCCGACCUGGCCAAGUUCAAGGGCAAGAACCUGCUGCUGGUCGAGGACAUCAUCGACACGGGCAAGACCAUGGCCAAGCUCGUGCCCAUGCUGCACGAGUACGCGCCCGAGUCGGUGCGCGUGGCCAGCCUGCUGGAGAAGCGCAACCCGGAGAGCUGCGGCUUCCAGGCCGACUUCGUGGGCUUCAACAUCCCCGACAAGUUCGUCAUCGGCUACUGCCUCGACUACAACGAGAUCUUCCGCGACCUGGACCACAUCUGCAUCAUCAACGAGGCCGGCAUCGCCAAGUACGCGAGCAGCUCAUAGACUGGAGGGCUAGCCCGCACUGCGCUUCACCCAUGCACGUAUUCACUUCCUCUUCGGCGUGAAGGCCCGUGUCUGUCUAUAUAUUUGUGCCAAUUACAGGGCCAAUUGCUGCAGCAGCGACUGUCAGUCUACUUGCUCUGGAACUGCUCGGGCGUCAUCGUGCGGAUGGUCAGGCCGUGCAUGUCCUUGAUCUCCUCCUUGAGAAUCUGCAGCAGGCAGCAAUAGCAACAGCAAUAUUUCAGU